AACCAUUUUGUGGUUCAGCGAUGUCGUUUUAUAUAAAAUAGAAAAACCCAUGGUAGCACUGGGGUGUGAGAGAAGAACAAGAGAGAUACCAGGGAAAGAGGGAUACCUAGUCAGUUAGUGCAUCGUCAAACAGUCCUACCUGACACAGAUUUUAUAGGAUUAGCUUCUGGGACAAAUGAAGCCCCAUCAUAUCAUCGUCUUCCUCACUCUCCAGCUUCUCUCCAUAGAGGUCCCAGAGGUGUUGGCUGUGGCUGAGACAAGGACAGCCUUUGAGGGUCAGUCCAUCAUUUUGACCUUACCUGAGCAGAUUGAACCUCAAUGUCGGGUUGAAUGGAGAUAUAGCCAACCUGGAAAAAAUAAGCUGCUGUCUAUAGUACAAUUUUUCAAAGAUGUUGACCACAAGACAACCAUCUUUAACAACCGGAUGCAGAUCCAGAAUAAUGGAUCUCUGAGUAUCCAGGGUCUCCGUCGGGGAGAUUCAGGGGAUUACACCUGCAGUGUGGUCUCCACAGGCAGAACCAUCCAGACAUACAUUGUUACAUUGAAUGUGCGGGUGGACAGGGAAUCACACCCAACUGUCAGUGUCAUCUCAGAUUCACAGAACAUGACUGCAACCAACACUUCAUCUAGCACCCCAGAUGUGCCAGUUGGUGGGGCUACAGGGGUAGCACUGUGGAUUAUCAUCACAGCGGGUGGGUGCUCAGCGGUGUUUCUUACUAGUGUGCUGGCUGUGGUUGCAUUUCAAUGGAGAAAGAGGCAAAGAUACAGCACAGAUGAACCGGUCUACAGUAACACCGCCUACAUCAGACACCGGCACCGUCAUGCCAGGGACGCCUGCCAAUCAUGUUAACACUCCGGGAGUUACCAGAGCAAUGACAGGUUCUAUCGCAGGAAGGGGGAUGAUAGGAGAAAUGUCUUGAGGGAAAGAAGAGAAAAAGAUGUAGAGAAAAUAAGAGAGGGAUGCAAUUCCAGCUUGAUGGUGGAGAGCAAGACCAGGUGAUAGGGUGAGAUCGGAGAUGCAUGAGAGG